AUGUCUUCAGCACCAUUGUUACAGAGAACACCUGGGAAAAAAAUUGCUUUACCUACAAGAGUGGAACCUAAAGUAUUUUUUGCCAAUGAGCGUACCUUUUUAUCAUGGUUAAACUUCACAGUUAUGUUGGGAGGGCUUGGUGUAGGUUUGCUAAAUUUUGGUGACAAGAUAGGAAGGGUGAGCGCAGGACUAUUCACUUUUGUCGCUAUGGGCACAAUGAUAUACGCGCUUGUGACGUACCAUUGGAGAGCUGCUGCAAUCAGGCGUAGAGGCUCAGGUCCUUACGAUGACAGGUUGGGGCCCACUUUGUUAUGCUUUUUCUUAUUAGUCGCUGUUAUUAUUAACUUCAUACUAAGAUUGAAAUAUAAUGAUGCUAAGACCAAAUUAUAA